AUGGCCGCCAUUACAGUGCCUCUCACAACCCCAACCCGCCGCCGUUCCAUUUCCGUGAAUCCAAUUCGAUUCUCUUCUCCUUUCAGUCUACAAUCCAACAAUCUCAAAUUCAGAGCCAUACAGUGCCCUAAUUUCCGCGUCACUGCAGCAUUAUCUUCAAUGAAAAUCGAAGCUCCUGAGAAAAGUUCAUUCCUGGAUCGUAAAGAAAGCGGCUUUGUUCACUUUUUCAAGUACCAUGGCCUCGGCAACGACUUCAUAUUGGUUGACAAUAGAGAUACAACAGAACCUAAGGUCACUCCUGAUCAAGCUGUGAAAUUAUGUGAUAGAAACUUUGGUAUUGGUGCUGAUGGGGUGAUAUUUGCAAUGCCGGGUGUCAAUGGGACUGAUUACACCAUGAGGAUCUUCAAUUCAGACGGAAGUGAGCCAGAGAUGUGUGGUAAUGGAAUUCGAUGCCUUGCCAAAUUUAUAGCUGAGCUUGAGAACUCACAUGGAAAACGAAGUUUCACCAUACACACUGGGGCUGGACUAAUUGUUCCCGAGAUUCAAGAUGACGGAAAGGUUAGGGUUGACAUGGGUGAACCCAUUCUGAAGGCAUCAGAUGUGCCCACUAAACUUCCUCCUAAUAGAGAUCAAUCUGCCGUUAAAUCGAGACUAGAUAUAGACGGAAGAGCAUGGAAUGUAACCUGUGUUAGCAUGGGGAAUCCUCAUUGUGUCACUUUUGGUACAGAACAAAGCCAGGAUUUGCAAGUAGAUGAAUUAAAUUUAGCAGAUAUUGGACCAAAGUUUGAGCAUCAUGUUAUGUUUCCUGCUCGCACUAACACAGAAUUUGUACAAGUCUUCUCCCCAACACACCUUAAAAUGCGCGUCUGGGAACGCGGGGCAGGUGAGACACUAGCCUGUGGGACAGGAGCUUGUGCCGUAGUCGUUGCAGCAGUGCUCGAGGGUCGUGCUGCAAGGCGCUGUACAGUUGAUUUGCCUGGUGGGCCACUGGAUAUUGAGUGGAGUGAGAAAGACAACCAUAUAUACAUGACGGGGCCAGCAGAGGUAGUUUUUUAUGGGUCAGUUCCUCUUUAAGCCCCUAGAUGUAAGUUUAUUUGUACUUCAUCCUUUCUGUAAGCAAUUUGAAUCUUUUAGAAUUCAUAAAUUUGCUCCAAAUGUUCGCCAAGUUUUGUUGGAAAUUGAAAGAAAAGCAGAAGAAGGGAUCUUGGAUAAACCAGAUUACUUUCA